CAUAAACCGCAAUCCUCCCUUUCCUCCACAAACCGAAAGCCGGCAAAAGUCCGCCUGUGACUCAACUGAAAUCUGGAGUACUAUUAAAGAACUAUUUAUUCUAGCCAUCGUGCAACCAUCUUCUUCCCUCAACUUUGUUCUGAACAACAAAACUCACUGCUACUUCGAGACCCCGCCAUGGAUCACAUCAAGAAGACGUUUGCGCAAUGCAAGAAGGAGGGUCGAUCUGCUCUCAUCACCUAUGUGACUGCAGGUUACCCUACCCCUCAAGAGACUCCCGACAUCCUGCUGGGUAUGGAGGCAGGUGGUGCCGAUCUCAUUGAGCUCGGUAUGCCCUUUACUGAUCCCAUUGCCGACGGUCCCACGAUCCAGAAGUCGAACACUCAAGCACUCAAGAAUGGUGUAAACACGGAGCAAUGCCUCCAGAUGGUUCGAGAUUCUAGGGACCGCGGUCUCAAGGCCCCGGUUCUUCUCAUGGGAUACUACAACCCCCUCCUCAGCUACGGCGAGGAGCGCAUGCUGCAGGACGCAAAGGCGGCCGGUGUCAAUGGCUUCAUCAUUGUUGAUCUGCCCCCUGAGGAAGCCGUACGCUUCAGGGAUUUCUGCGCCAGCUAUGGUCUUUCCUACAUCCCCCUCAUUGCACCUGCUACAUCCGAUCACCGCAUGCGUGUUCUCUGCAAGAUUGCAGACUCCUUUAUCUACGUCGUAUCCCGCAUGGGUGUCACUGGUGCCUCUGGUACCAUGAAUGCUGCUCUUCCCCAGUUGCUCGAGCGCGUUCACAAAUACUCUGGAAACAUUCCGGCUGCUGUCGGUUUUGGCGUUAGUACCCGCGAUCAUUUCGUAAGCGUCGGAAAGAUUGCAGAGGGUGUUGUGAUUGGCAGCCAGAUCGUCAAUGUCAUUGCUGGUGCAGCCCCAGGCUCGGGCGCAAAGGAGGUUGAGAAGUACUGUGACCAGAUCUCUGGAAAGAGCACCUGGUCCACCACACGAGAAGUCGGAAUCAUCGAGGCCUUGUCCGAGGCCAAGGAGCCAACUGGCGUGUCGGUCGACAAGGUCAUUACUGACGCAGACACCCCGAGUGGACCCGGAUUGGCCGAUCAGAUCGAGGCCCUGAACACUGAUUCCAACGGUUUCUUGAACGAGAACGCACUGCCGCCACGAUUUGGAGAAUUCGGUGGUCAAUAUGUGCCCGAAUCGCUCAUGGACUGUCUCGGAGAAUUGGAGAAGGGUUUCCACGACGCGACCAAUGAUCCCAAAUUCUGGGAGGAGUACAGAUCGUACUACGAAUACAUGGGCAGACCUGGCCAUUUGCAUCUGGCAGAACGGCUUACGGAACAUGCCGGGGGUGCCAACAUCUGGUUGAAGCGAGAGGAUCUGAAUCACACCGGAAGCCACAAGAUCAACAACGCACUUGGUCAGAUUCUCAUCGCUCGCAAGUUGGGCAAGACUGAGAUUAUCGCCGAGACUGGAGCUGGCCAACACGGUGUCGCUACUGCCACGGUCUGUGCUAAGUUCGGCAUGAAGUGUACCAUCUAUAUGGGUGCCGAGGACGUGAGACGUCAGGCCUUGAACGUUUUCCGCAUCAAGCUCCUGGGCGCUCAGGUCGUAGCGGUCGAGGCUGGUUCUCAGACUCUCCGUGAUGCGGUCAACGAAGCCCUUCGUGCAUGGGUCGUCAAUCUCUCCACCACUCACUACAUUAUCGGCUCGGCCAUUGGUCCCCACCCAUUCCCUACCAUUGUUCGUACCUUCCAGUCGAUCAUAGGUAACGAGACCAAAGAGCAGAUGCAGAAGCUGCGCGGAAAGCUCCCCGAUGCAGUUGUUGCUUGCGUCGGCGGUGGCAGCAAUGCAGUGGGCAUGUUCUACCCCUUCUCUAAUGAUCCAUCGGUCAAACUCCUCGGCGUCGAGGCUGGUGGCGACGGUGUUGAUACCGAUCGCCACAGUGCUACUUUGACUGGCGGUUCCAAGGGUGUCUUGCACGGCGUUCGUACGUACGUUUUGCAAGACAAGCAUGGACAGAUUAGCGACACUCACUCUGUGUCUGCCGGUCUGGAUUAUCCUGGUGUAGGACCAGAGCUCUCCAGCUGGAAGGACAACGACCGAGCCAAGUUCAUUGCCGCAACUGAUGCCGAAGCCUUUAUUGGCUUCCGUCUGCUCUCUCAGUUGGAGGGUAUCAUCCCUGCUCUCGAGACUGCCCACGCCAUCUAUGGUGCUAUCGAGCUGGCAAAGACCAUGAACAAGGAUCAAGAUGUUGUCAUCUGUGUGUCUGGUCGUGGAGACAAGGAUGUGCAGAGCGUUGCCGACGAGCUUCCCAAGUUGGGCCCCAAGAUCAACUGGGAUUUGAGAUCACUCGUUGCGUCCUCGCUGCCACGAAGCAGCCCGGAAACCCUGGACCGCAUCGCCGUCUUUCGUACUUCCACUAGCGACGGCACAUUCGAGCUCCAGGAGCUACCCAAAUUCACCGAUUCACCCAGGGAGAAGGCAGACGGGCGGACAACAAAGCGCGACAGGAAACGUCAGGAGAAGCUCGAACGGCUUCGCGAGGCUGACGAGAUGAAGUUCUCCCACAGUCUGCAGUUCAAUUCGGUGCCCGAUUGGAGCAGCCAUUAUAUCGCAUAUUCAAAUCUCAAGAAAUUAAUUUAUACCCUCGAGCAACGUGUGAACCAGCAAGCGCACGCGACUACCGAUGCCGAAUCCUCGCCCCUGUUGAACGGACAGUCGGAAGAUCCCGAUAAGGUCUUUACCCAUGCGCUCGACGUGGAACUGGAGAAGGUGUGCUCCUUCUACCAGCUGAAGGAACUCGAGGUCUACGGCGAGCUCGACUCGCUCAUAAAAGACGAGGAGAGUUAUGAAGAGGAACAGGACGAAUUUGAGCACGAACAAGAGAAUGUUCCCGCGGGGAAGCGCGUGCGCUCCGCAAGCAUAUUCAAGACCAUUGGCUACAAUAAAAGACGAGGCUCAAGCACGUUAAGCCGGCAAUCGAUCGAUGAGGAAGACUCCGACGAAGAGCCAGACGAGACUUCGAGGCUUCGACGGAAAAGCUCAGACGGACGCAGAAGGCAUCUGUUGGAUGGUCGCGAUGAUGAUGCGGCCCCGUCUGGCGACUUUGCGUCGUCCAAGAGGAGAACAAGCGCUGCUUUUGACGACUACAACGACAUGGCCUUCUCCGCCCUCUACGACGAAGGUGUGUCGCUAAAGAAGCGAACUGCGAGCCUAUACGUAACGCUCUGCGAGCUGCGUUCAUUCAUUCAAUUGAACAAGACUGGUUUCGGCAAAGUGUUGAAGAAAUACGACAAGAUCCUGGAUCGCAAACUGAAGGGUUUCUACAUUUCAAAAUACGUGGAGCCCGCAUACGCCUUCCAACAGAACACGAUGGACCACCUUGCCGCUAACAUCGCAAAGGUUGAAGACGCCUACUCGCGCAUUUGCACAAAAGGAGAUGUCAACGAGGCCAAGCGAGAGCUGCGACUGCAUCUACGAGAGCACGUGGUGUGGGAGCGAAAUACCGUCUGGCGAGAGAUGAUUGGUAUUGAGCGCAAAGCCCAGGCGGCCAAUCUUGGUAUCGGGCAGCUGUUGGGAGGACCAUCCGAUGGACGAAAUGUUCGCCUGCAAGGCGAUGAGCCGGAAUCAAAGGUGAAAGAGGUGGUGACGCCUAUUGGCAGGUACCAAUGUCCUCGAUGGCUGGUGAAUCGAACCUUCUACAUGUUGUUGGUGAUUCUGGCCAUAUUCUUCGUCCUCUUGUUCCUUCCUAUAAUGAAGAAGCCGGAGCAGCAGAACUGCUUGGCAUUAGUUAUUCUCGUCAGUUUAUUAUGGGCCACGGAGGCGAUCCCUCUUUUCGUCACCUCUCUAUUGGUGCCAUUCCUGGCAGUCACUCUCCGAGUUGUUCGCGAUGACUCCACGCACAAACGCCUCGAAACAAAGCAAGCCGCCAGUUAUGUCUUCGCCGCUAUGUGGACGCCUGUGAUCAUGCUGCUCCUUGGAGGCUUCACUAUUGCUGCAGCCUUGUCCAAGUACAACAUCGCUAAAAUGAUGGCCACCUUUGUCCUCAGCAAAGCAGGAACGAAGCCCAGGACGGUCCUUGUCACCAACAUGUUUGUUGCCAUGUUCGCAAGUAUGUGGAUCAGUAACGUUGCCGCGCCCGUCUUGUGUUUCUCUAUCAUUCAACCCAUUCUCCGCAAUCUGCCCUCGGAUUCCGACAUGACCAAGGCUCUUCUCUUGGGAAUUGCUCUUUCGUCUAAUAUUGGCGGUGCAGCUUCCCCCAUUGCAUCGCCUCAGAAUCUCAUUGCCCUCGAAAACAUGUCCCCUGAGCCGUCUUGGGGAAUAUGGUUCUUCAUUGCCCUUCCUGUGUGCAUCAUUUCUAUUCUUUUGAUCUGGGUACUCUUGCUGGUCACAUUCAAGCCCGGACGCAACACCACCAUCGUUCCCAUCCGGCCACUGAAGGAUCGUUUCACCGGCACGCAAUGGUUCAUUAGUUUCGUUACGAUCCUCACCAUCGUACUUUGGUGCGUGUCCCAUCAACUCGAGCCCAUCUUCGGCGAUAUGGGUGUCGUUGCCAUCAUUCCUCUCGUCCUCUUCUUCGGUACCGGUAUUCUCACUAAGGAGGACUUCAACAAUUUCCUAUGGACGAUCAUCAUCCUCGCCGCAGGAGGUCUGUCUCUGGGCAAAUCUGUCAACUCAUCCGGACUCCUCCACACGAUCGCUCAAUCCAUCACCAGCUCCGUCGAGGGCAUGUCUUUGUACGGAGUUCUCCUCGUCUUCACCGCUUUAAUCAUGGUCGUCGCUACAUUCAUCAGCCACACAGUCGCCGCGCUCAUCGUCCUCCCACUCGUCAAGGAAGUCGGCCAAGCCAUGGCAGAGCCUCAUCCCAACCUCCUCGUCAUGGGAAGCGUGUUGAUGGCCAGCGCCGCCAUGGGCCUUCCCACCUCCGGUUUCCCCAACAUGACCGCCAUCAUGAUGGAAGACCAACGAACAGGCCAACGUUACCUCGAAGUCAAGCACUUCCUCACCCGCGGCGUCCCCGCUUCCAUCAUGGCUUUCGUCGUCAUCGUCACCGUCGGCUACGGACUCAUGCUCGCCGUGGGCUUCUAGAAUUUCAAUCCAACUCACUUUGUAUUUUUGAAGCGUUUUCAAAUCGAAAUAUCAAACGCGGCGUUUUGGAGGAGGUUAUCGCAUAUUUGUACUUAUAUAUAUAUAUGUACAUUGCUACAGACAGGACUUUGAGUCAUUUUGCAUGUCGGAGUACAUUUUCAUCUACUACUACAAACCGUCGAUCUGAGAGACAAAUUAUACAUUUUCCGUUCCUGCAUACUUGGGAAUUCCACUAAAGGAAUCAUCAAUAACUAAUACUUUCAUGGUGACGGGUCAAAUUGGCCAUCUAUCUGAUUGUC